AUGGGCGCCGCACAGGCACCGUCCGUCGCCGAGGAUGCCCAUCUCCUCACGGCAGCAGAGGUCUUGGGCUAUAUUCGCACCGGCGAUUUGACUGUUGAGCAAUAUGUGCGUGCGCUACUGGAUCGUAUUGCCGAGCGCGACUCGCAGGUCCGGGCCUGGGCUUACCUGGAUCGCGACUACGUCCUGGAGCAGGCUCGCGCUCUCGACGCCGUGCCGCUGGAGCAGCGUGGCCCGCUUCAUGGAAUGCCCAUUGGUGUCAAGGACGUGAUUUACACCAAAGAUAUGCCAACGCAAUUCAACUCAAGUGCCUACAAAGGCAAUUUCCCCAAAGUAGAUGCUGCUCCCAUUACCCUCCUUCGUGCCGCCGGCGCCUUGCUGCUCGGGAAAACGACCACCACCGAGUUCGCCGCGACCGGGGAGGGCCCGGCGACGCGCAACCCGCACGACCUGUCGCGAACGCCCGGCGGCUCGUCGUCCGGCUCGGGUGCCUCGGUGGGCGACUUCCAGGUACCCGUGGCGCUGGGCACGCAAACGGGAGGCUCUGUGAUCCGGCCGGCGAGCUUCAACGGCACGUACGGCUUCAAGCCAACCUGGGGCCGAAUCUCGCGAGAGGGACUCAAGUUCUUCUCCGUCACCUACGACACAUUGGGCUUUUUCACGCGCGGCAUAGACGAUCUUGUGCUGCUGGCCGACGCCUUUGGCCUGCACGACGACUCGUCCCUGCCGGCGUCGGCGCGCCUCUCGUCUCUCGACUCGGUCGACGGCCUGCGCCUCGCACUGUUCCGCACCAUGAUGUGGCCGCACGCGGGCCCCGGCACGCGCGCCGCCGUGGACGACGCUGUAGCGCUGCUGCGCGCCCGCGGCGCCACCGUCGAGGACGUCGAGCUGCCUGCCGAGUUUGACCAACUGCCCGCGUGGUACGACGUGGUGCUUGCCGUCGAGGGCGGCACGGCGUUCCUGCCCGAGUACCGCGCCAACCGCGCCCACCUCGGGGCGCUGCUGGUCGGGUACGCCCAGACGUCUGGGGGCUACUCGCACCGGGCUUACCUCGAGGCGGUGGACGGCAUCGCGGCGCUGCGGCCCAAGAUGGACGCGGUGCUGGCGGGCUACGACGCGGUGCUGACGCCGAGCACGCCCGACGAGGCGCCCAUCGGCUCUACGACGGGCAGCUACCUCUUCUGCAAGGUCUGGUCGGCGCUGCACGUGCCGGUGCUCAACAUGCCCGGGUUUCAGGGCGCUCACGGCAUGCCCAUCGGCCUGUCGCUGGUGGCGCCGCGCUUCAAGGACGCGCAGCUCCUCGCCGUCGCGGCGCCCGUCGCUGCCAUAUUCGAGGCCGAGGGCGGCUGGACGCGACGCGUGCACAACAAGACGGUGACGAUGACGAAUGGGCACUACAACGGAGCGGUGGACAAGACCGAGACGAACGGCGCCAGCCACAAUGCGACUCGCGGGUUCAAAUCUCGCCUAUAA